AUUGUGUAUCGCCGGUUGUCGUUUGAGCAUCAUUAUUAGGGUCUUUUUUAUAAGACAGUUGUGCUUCGUUUGAUUUUUGGGUUAUUCAUCGUUUGCGCAUCAAUAUCAUUUAACAAUUGGACUGAAAAAAGCUGUGUGCCCAAAAGCGCAAAUGGUUUUCUAACUUUAAUCUUAAAAUUUGCUUAUCUCUAAAUUUACAGUCAGAUGAGACAUGUUAAAAUUAAAGAUUAAAGAUAUUUCUAGUGGUAUCCAUCAUUUACAACGGGCUCCUGAACGUCAAAAAUUAGACUACAUUCAAAGACAUUAACUUACUCAUAUGUUUAACUCACACUUCACUAUGGCCAGACCAUCAGAAAUCAUGGUGUUUCUACUUCUAGUGAUUUUAGUAGCGCCAUCUUUAGCUGCAAAUAUACUGUAUCCAGCGGAAAGUGAGAGUCGUGAAGUUCGUACUCUACAUGGCCUAUGGAACUUCAAAAUAUCUCCACCAUCAAACCAACUGAUCGGGUUUGAUGAAAAAUGGUACACAAUGAGAUUUGAAACACUUGGUGAUUAUUGGAAAAUGCCCGUUCCAUCUAGUUACAAUGAUAUUUCUACAAAUGCAACCAUACGAGAUUACGUCGGUUGGUCAUGGUAUCAAUACGAGUUUUAUGUACCUAAAAGAUGGACUGUUGAUCAACUGAAUGUAUUUUUACGUUUUGGAAGUGUACAUUUCAAAUCAAACGUGUGGUUAAACGGUCAAUUAUGUGUAGAACAUGAAGGCGGCCACUUACCAUUUAUAGGCGAUGCUACUAAUUUUCUUAAAUAUGGUGAACCUAAUCUAAUUGUAGUUGCUGUAAAUAAUACACUGACACCAGAUACUAUACCACAAGGAUUUACAACAUACCCGAACAACACAUACAAAUAUCCAAACAAUUAUAGAAAAUAUUCUCAUGACUUUGAUUAUUUUGAUUAUUCUGGUAUAAACAGAGCUGUCCAUUUAUAUACAACGCCUAAAGUUUACGUUUGUGAUAUCACUAUAUAUACAAGUUUUGGAAAUAAUUUAGAAGGAGUUGUUGACUACAAGGUCGAUAUUUGUGGAAAUAAUGUUUCUGAAUGUAAUAUUAAACUUUUGGAUGCUAAUCGAAAUACAGUAGUUAAAUCGAACACGUGUUCUGGACAGUUAAUAAUACCAAAUGUAAUACCUUGGUGGCCAAUUAUGUCUGGUAAAAAACACAUUGCAUACCUAUAUACUUUUCAGGUGAAGACCAAUAAUGUAAAUAGUGAUUAUUAUCGUUUGAAAAUCGGUGUUAGAACACUUCAAUGGACAUCCAAAGAAUUAUUGCUAAAUAAUGAACCGAUUUAUUUAAGAGGAUUUGGAAAACACGAAGAUUCUAUAAUACGGGGAAGAGGUUAUGAUGAUGCAUUAAGUGCCAGAGACUAUUAUUUAAUAAAAUGGUUAGGUGCUAAUUCUUUUCGUACAUCACACUACCCUUAUGCAGAAGAAACAUUACAACAAGCCGAUUCAGAAGGUAUAUUAGUAAUUGUGGAAAGUGCUGCGUGCAGCUUAGGGAUAUUUGGGCCAAAGUUAUUGAAAUUCCAUAAAGGCGUAAUGACAGAAAACAUAAAUCGUGAUAAAAAUCAUCCGAGUGUUAUUAUGUGGUCACUGGCUAAUGAACCACAAAACAAUUUAAACUCAUCUGUACCGUAUUUUCAAGAACUUUACAAACAUGUACGGAAUAUCGAUCCAUCAAGACCAAUAACUUUUGUCAAUAGUCAACCAAUUCAAAAUGCUAAAGCGAUCGAGUACAUGGAUAUUCUUACAUUAAACCGAUACAACAGCUGGUAUAGUGAUUCAGGUCAUUUAGAGCUUAUUCAAUAUCAAACAUACAAUGAACUUAAAGCAUUUACAAAUAAAUACAAUAAACCUAUACUAUUCACCGAGUAUGGUGCCGGAUCACUUGCUGGGUUACAUUCGCUGCCAGAAACAAUGUGGAGUGAAGAUUAUCAUGUUACUCUGCUUCAAGAAAAUUUUAAAACUUUUGAUUCUUUAAUAGCUAAUGGAAUUCCAAUCCUAGGAGAGAUGAUAUGGAAUUUUGCAGAUUUUAAAACACCACAAGAGUAUAUAAGACCGGGGUUGUGUGUAAAAGGAUUAUUUACCAGAGAACGACAACCGAAGAUGGCUGCAUACGUAGUAAAAGAACGUUUUAAUAAAUUUAAAACCAAUUCUGCAUGGCAGAAUCAAUCUUUAAAUUGUGGAUAAAUUGCUUACAGACACAUAAUGUAACUAUAAAACGAGUAUAAUAAUAUUAUAUUAUGUUGUAUCAUUUUUUUUCUCUAAAAUAUAAUGUAUUGUAUAAUAGUUAAUUAGAUAAGCUAGUUAAUACUUACGUAUUUAUAUAUUGUACACAACUAUCAAUCUAUCAUGCAUUUA